AUGUUUCACGAAAAUUUGAGGAAAUCUGUGGUGAGUUGACGGUGUUAUUGGCAGAAAGAUCCCAAAAAAGUGUAGCUGACAUUUUUGGCAAAAAAUUAUAAAAAAAUUAUAAUUAAAAGUCAUAUUUUUGCAUCACAUUCCCAUUCCAGCUCCUUCUUAAUUUUAUAAUCUGUUUUUCUCCCAUUCUUCAUCCUCUCACCGUCUACUUAGCAACUGACGAUGCGCCAUUACUCCACAGCAAUUACAAGGAAGCCAUUUUGAUCUACGGAAUUCAUACAGUAAACCAUAUGUGCCUGAUCUUUCUUCACUUCAAAUUCUUUAUUCUGAUUGCUGAACGAAUCUUGGCCUACCGCAAAAGAGAUGUCUAUGAGCACACCAGGAACAAUUUUGUGGCUCAAAUCUUCUCGGUUGCGGUAAGAAUAAUAAAAAAAAUAUACAUAAUGUACAUAUUCUCUUCAAUUGCAUGCUUUUGCCUUUCAGUUCGCCCUAUGUUUCAUCGAGCUGUCGUUGAAACUCUACAUAUUCCUUGGAUUGGACACAGAGGAAACAAUUGACAUUAGGAUACUGAAAGCGCUGACCAUUUCAAAAUCACCGACUUAUUUUCUCGUCACUUUCUUCGUGUGUUACAAUUGCGGUUUCGUCGGGUAUUUCGUAAGUUAUGGUUUGGAAUGACCGAUUUAACUUCUGCUCUCUUGCUUGUUUUGUUACAAUUGCGGUCUCGUCGGGUACUUUGUAAGUCUUGGAUUGUCAAGAGUCUGUCUGAAGACCAAAUUUUGAAGCGAUCGUCGACCAUCAUUCAUUUAGGAGGGUGCUCAGAGGGUGUAUGGUGACACAAAAAGUGCGAUUUGACUCUUUGAACUUUUUGCUUAUUUCACUUAUGCAUAGUGCCCGACAAUUAAAAGUGAAGUCUCGAUUUGUGAGUACCGAAGAAGCUUGGAAGAACAUCUUGUGCCUCAGGACGUCAUCGGGCUCAGAAUCAAGACUUCACUUUUAAUUGUCGUGCUUAUAUGUAUUAGGUUGGCAACUAAGUUAUUGAAAUUUUUGACUGCUUUUCUUUUUGCCACAACCUUUAAAGGCUUGACAGUCAACAACUAUAAUACCCACUAUAAGUAACAACAAUACAAGCCUUAUCAUCUGAAUGUGCAGUGGCACCACCAACAGAGAAACCAGGGAACUUAGGCUUAGAAGAUUUCAUGAAGCCGGUUUCUAGAUGUUCUGUUAUACUGAAGUUUUUAUACCUUAGAUAGUACGCAGCCAAAUGGGUGUGAUAUCCGACACAGAGAGGAACAUAAGUAUUAGGUUGAGUCAAAAUUAUCCGGCGGUUUUAUUGGCGCGUUUUUUGCAAGUUAAAAUUUAUGUUUUGUUAAUGUUUUUUUUAUAAAAAUAAUCUUCUCUGGUUGGUUAAUAAAAUGGCAGUCGAAACCCAUACUCAUAUUUGCCACAUUAUGCUCUACCACUUCGAGAAAAGUUGGAAGUCGGCACUGUCAUUUCGCGAUCUCAACGAACUUUUCGGCGAAGGAAAAAAAUCGGCAGGUGUUUCGUCCAAAGGAGUACCAAAAGACGUCCACUGUAAGAAGGCUACGUGGUAUGUGUGGUGGAACAGAAGCGGAAUCAUCCACUGGGAAAUCGUGUCUAUUUUUUGUUCCUUCGCCGAAAAGUUCGUUGAGAUCGCGGAAUGACCGUGCUGACUUCCAACUUUUCUCGAAGUGGUAGAGCAUAAUGUGGCAAAUAUGAGUAUGGGUUUCAACUGCCAUUUUAUUAACCAACCAGAGAAGAUUAUUUUUGUAAAAAAAACAUUAACAAAACAUAAAUUUUAACUUACAAAAAACGCGCCAAUAAAACCGCCGGAUAAUUUUGACUCAACCUAAUACUUCACAACACUUAAGAAAGCAAAGUCUAUUUGGACUGUUUGACAAGUUCUUACGAUCAUUAUUUCUAUCGGGCCAAACAUGCAUCCGAUGUAAGUGGAUAUUCUAGAUUUCGUUUUGCUCGCUGCCCGAAUCUUUUCUAUCUCUCAUGCAAACAAAUUCGGAGGAGUGAUACUCUGUUCUGGUAAAUUUCCCGAGAGCAUAGUCCUUAAAAAAUUGGAUAAAAUUUUAAAAAAUACUGUCAUCGAGUAUGAAGGGUCUGCUCGACCUUAACUUCAGAAUACCGCGCCUAAGCUCGCUGGCUCCCGUACGGGUUUUUAACGCAAAGAAUAGACAUCCCUUUUUAGGGCCUUAGAUUUAUCAGCGGCGCAAAGGUCUUGAAAAAAAGCAGCAACUACUCGGUUAACUUUUCGGGAGUCACUAGUCAGGUCAUGAAGAUAAAUUUGGUCACGACUUUACGUCAUGCUCUAAGAAGGAAGUCGGUUUGGGCUACUAUAUGGUUCGUAGUGAAUAGCUCUGCCACUACCUGAAGAGUUAACCGCGCUACCUUCUUUAGCGUCUUGUGAAACGCCUUGAAAGACAGCCCACCGCCCAAUUUUAAGCGAAGUCGUAAUAAUUUCUAUUGACCCUUUUGGGACAAAAUGUUAUCGCAAGACUGUUGAAGGAGUUGAAGGAGACGUUGUAAACGUUGUACAUUAGCAUUAUGUCAUUCGAGUUCUAAAGGCAUUGUAUGGAACUGCAAAAUGACCACUCAAAAUUGCUCUUAUUCAAAUUCAAGGUACUACACCAACACGCGAGCUGCCAGUUCGAUGCCUCUGGGUUUGAUAGUACUCUAGAUUUUACUCCGCCAACGUAGAAAGCAGUGUAUGCGACGAAGACUUUUAGGCACUUUUUUUGGUCAUCACACCCAUCUUAAACGUUUUUUUUGGGUUCUGAUGUUCUACUUUGUAUCUGCUCUUUCAGUGCUUUCGCAGACUCCAAACCACUGCCGCAGGCCAACGUCAUCACAGUCGUUCACUCAGCGAACGCUUCGAGUUGAGACAAACCGAAGGCGUUACGAACAUUAUGCUCCCGCUGAACAAGCUUUACAUUGUUUCUCUCAUCGCGUCUUCUACAACUAUUUUCCCAUGCAUUUGCAUCAUACUUUGGCCAGCUGAUGAAACGUGGCGGCGGAUAUAUAAAAUCUCGGCCUUAGUAUGUUUUACGAACCAGUUUUUACGGUCCGUUUUUAGUACACACAUGCAGCAAUCGGAGCAUACAAUCUGGUGGCGACAAUAUACACGUUAAAGAAGAUGAAAGUGAUGUUCAAGACAAUCCCCGUGGAACUUGGGGUGAACCCGAGGAAUGAUAAUGUUGAAAGAUACUUUUCUAGGCUGCAGGCAGAUUGGAAAAUUGGUGCUGUUAAAUAA